AUGUCGGGAACGCCUUUUUUAUCGGUUUGUUUGGUAUUUUUUCUGGUAUUGGUGGUAGGAGCAGAAGGUUUAGAUGAGGUGAAGGAUACCGGUAAAGUUAAAAGAAGUUUGGAUUAUAAUUAUAAUCACGGGUGGAAUGGUGGUUAUCAAGUAGAAAGUUAUAAUCCUUAUCAAAACGGUGAUAACGAUGGAAAAGAUGACGUAAACGUUGUAAAUUAUUCGAAAGACGUACCCGUUUUGUAUCCCGUAAUCAAUUACGUACAUUAUCCGAUCGUUAAUAAAAUUUUAUAUCCGGUACCUGUUGAACAAACGAUACCGAUCGUUAUUGAAAAACCCGUACCACAUCCUGUCGUAGAGAAUUUAGCAUUGCCCGUUGAGAAAAAAAUUUUAGAACCCGUACCCGUUGAGAAAAAAGUACCCGUUCAUUAUCCGGUUGAAAAAAAUGUUUUUUAUCCGGUUCAAGUAGAGAAAAAAAUUCCGGUACCUUAUAAAGUUGAAAAAGAAAUUCGGUAUCCCGUCAUUAAAAAUGUUCCUUAUCCAGUUCAUAUAGAAAAAAAAGUACCCUUUCCCGUUUUAUAUCCGGUUCACGUAGAAAAAAAAGUCGAGGUUCCUUAUCCGGUAAUUAAACCCGUACCUUAUCUCGUUCCCGUCGAAAAACAAAUUCCCGUUCAUUAUCCGGUUAAAGUCGAAACGAAAGUUCCGGUUCAUGUUCCGGUUGAAAAACACGUUCCUUAUCCGGUUCAUAUAGAAAAAGAAGUUAAAGUACCCGUACCGAUUAUAAAAAAAGUACCAUAUCCGGUUCCGGUGGAGAAGGAAGUUAAAGUACCGUAUCCGGCACACGCAACAUCUACUCAACAAUUUUCUAAUAUGGUAAAUUUCGAAAAGAAAAUUCCAAAUCGAGAUUUGUUUAAAAAUUUUGGACAUCAAACUGGAAGUCAAACUCUCGAAACCGGAAGUCAAAACACGUUUGGAAGUGGAAAACAAUUUGAUUUCGCACAAUCUCACCGUGCUGGAUUCUACAUCAAACCUUAUUACAAUUACCAAAUUUCAGGACAACAAAAAUCAACAAAUCAACUUUCUUCGUACGAAGGAUCGGGAAAACGGAUUUCCGGUGUAGGAAAACCUGAAAAUUAUUUUCCUUACGGAAUAAAAAGAAAUUCGGAUGUCGACUCGGAACAAAACGAAGAACAAGUGGCAGAAGAAAGUCAAAUAUCACACGAUCAAGACCGAUCUUCAUACGAAACGCAAACGAAAAUAGAGAAGAAUCAUCAAAUGACCAAACACCACCACCAUCAUCAACGCCACGACGAGGAAAAAUCGUUUAAACCAUGGGAAAAAGUCGACUAA